GGACGUAAAGCUUACAGCGUCUCCUAGCGGUUUUGUUGUGAAAGCCAUAGCGCAUGCAGCCCUUCGAGUCAGCAUGCAAGUGUUAGUAUUUUGGGUUCUCCAACAGCUUAGCCUAUAAUCACCGUGAGAACAGUUAUCAUUAUUAUCAUCAGUGACAUUAAAACCAAAAUCUCAACAGUAGAUUAACUCACAUGUAUCUUAUCUAUGUCCGAUAGUAUAAAGUCAACCUCGAUCCAUACCCUCCAACACUCAGUAUAAGCCCCGCCCACGGACGUUGUCCUCUUCCCAAGGUUAACCCAUAAUACCCUCACUCCCACACUUUAGAGAUUGACCCUUGACCCGUAAAAGAUAAUCAUGUUGCUAAACAGGUUUUCCGUGGAUAUUUUUGUCCACUCGAUGAGUUAAAGAUCACCAGACAAGUCUCGGGCGACCGAUCAGUAUUUGUCUCCUGUCUUUACGUAUCUACAAAAGACUUGACAUUGAUAAACAACACUACUCGACUCAAAAAAUGCCAGACUCAAGGGUUGAGCCGGGAACAGACGGGGAGAUGAACCUGUCAAAAGACGACACACCAGACCUGAGGUGUGGCUGGGGGAACAUCAAGCCAACAUGUGUUCAGGUGUGCAACAACGCCAAGGGGGCGCUCGUGUUCAUCUCGUUGUUCGGUUUCGUGCAGAGCAUGCUGGUGAACGGUUACGUGAACUCCAGCAUCACGUCCAUAGAGAAGCGGUUCCAACUGUCUAGUUACAACGCCGGCAUCGUGGCCGCGUGCUACGACAUCGCGUAUGUGGUGCUGGCCCUUGUGGUGUCGUAUCACGCAGGGCAGGGCAACAGUAAACCCAAGUGGCUGGCGUUUGGCAGCUUCGCGCUGGGGACGGGCGCCAUGCUGUUCUCCAUCCCACACUUCGCGUCAGGACCGUACGUGUACGGGUCGGGAACCACGGAUAUGUGUGACGUCACCGGGAAUGCCACCUCCAGCACGGAUUGUACGGCGGAAGGGAGUACCUUGUCGUACUUUUUGGGCGUCUUCAUUUUAGCUCAACUCCUGCACGGCCUUGGCGCCACGCCCCUGUACACUGUCGGGCCGGCGUAUCUGGACGAAAAUGUGGACGAGGUCAGCUUGGGGCUGUACAUAGGGAUAUUUUACGCAUCAGCCACCAUCGGCCCUGCCGUAGGGUACCUGGUUGGAGGUCAGUUCUUGGACUUCUUCGUUGACAUCGACAUCGGGAACGACGGGUCGGAGUUGACCCCGGCUGACCUGAGGUGGGUGGGUGCCUGGUGGAUUCCUUUCGUCAUCUCCGCAGUCCUGGGUUGGGUCCUCGCGGUCCCGUUGCUAGGAUACGCCAAAGAAUUUCCUGGCACGGCAGAGAUCAGAGCGAAAAAGAUAUCUCAAGCUCACAAGAGAGGGGGAGAACAGAUCGCCUCCAAUCCAGAUUUCGGGAAGAGCUGGAGGGAUUUUCCUGCCGCGCUGAAGCUCCUCCUGUGCAACCCGACCUUCAUGCUGCUCUGCUUGUCCGGGGCCACAGAGUCGUUCUUGGUCGCCGCGUUUUCUACCUUCGGACCAAAGUACGUGGAGAACCAGUACAACCUGUCGUCUGGGCGAGCGUCCAUAUUGUCAGGUGCUGUCAUUGUGCCCGGUGCUGCACUGGGCUCCCUGAUCGGCGGCGCACUGAUGAAGAAGUUGAAGCUAACCUGCAGAGGAAUGCUAAAACUGUGUGUGGUGUUCGCCGUCCUCGCCAUGGCGUGUUUACUGGUCUUCCUUCUGCGCUGUCCGAACAUACCGUUCUCAGGAGUCACGCAGGCGUACGGAAAUAGUCCCAUCACAGAACAAUGGACAAGAUCAAAUCUGACAGACAGCUGCAAUAAGAACUGCAACUGCCAGGGGGAGUUUCUAAAGCUGACGUGCGGAGCAGACAGUCUGCAGUACUUCUCGCCGUGUCACGCGGGAUGUUCCGGUGAACUGACGGCAGAUGCUGAUGGGAUGAUGCAAUACACAAACUGCACAUGUAUCAUGAACAACCAAACAGUGGGCGCAGUGGAAGCUACUGUGGGGAACUGCCCGUCCAGCUGCCAAACACUGCCGGUCUUUCUCUUCAUCUUCUUCCUCAUCAUGGUGUUCACCUUCGGAAACACGACGCCUGCAACAGGCGCUACUCUGCGAUGUGUUCCUGAUAGCCAGAGACCGUUCGCUUUGGGCCUGGAAAAUGUUGUAGCCAGGCUUUUGGGUAGCAUACCGGGCCCGAUCCUGAUGGGGUUUGUGAUUGAUCAGGCCUGUCUCCUGCGGCAGACGAUCUGUGAGGUGGAGGGUGCCUGCUGGAUCUACGAUAACAACUCCCUGACUCUCAACAUCCUCUACAUCGCGUUAGGCGUCAAGGCUGCCUCCGUCAUUUUCUACGCCCUCGCUGUAUUCUCCUACAAACCGGUCAAAGAUGCUGCGGGGAAAGGUUCAGAUUCUGAAGGACACCCAGAAAAUCCUUUGUAUGAAGUCACAAAGUUUCACCAACACGCAAAGGUUCGGAGAGCUGGAAGUUGCAAGACUGGGGAAGAGCGCAGCUGCACGCGUGUUUCUGAACUUAACCCGAUGUUACCUUUAACGAUGCCGGAAUACGAGACUUUGGAGGGAAGCCGGUAUCGCCCCAGUAAGACCGCAGACGGAGAACCUGAGUCCCAGCCGACAGUAGAAGUUGACGCAGCAGAAGGGGAUGACCUGCUGUGUGGAUGGGGAGCAGUUCGCCCGGCAUGGUUACAGAUCUUCAACAAUUCCAAAGGUGCACUGUUCUUUGUGUGCCUGUUCGCCUUCGUGCAAGGCACGAGUGUGAACGGGCUGGUGAACGUCAGCAUCACGUCCAUAGAGAAACGGUUCGACCUGCCCAGCUUCAGCCUCGGCGUCAUCAAGGGCAGCUAUGACGUAGCCUACUCCGUCCUGGCUCUGUUCGUGACGUAUCACGCCAGCACAGGGGGUAGCAAACCUAAAUGGCUGUCUCUGGGAGUCUUUGUGUUAGGAAUUGGUUCUUUGACCUUCGCCAUUCCCCACUUUGUUACGGGACGGUACAUGUACGGGGCGGGGUUCGAGGAUACCUGUGCUGCGGAGGGUAACGCCACCGACACAGACUGCAACGAAAACACCAACCUUUCCAACUACUUUUAUAUCUUCGUUUUAGCCCAACUCAUACACGGACUUGGAGCUACUCCGCUCUACACCAUUGGUGUCUCCUACCUGGAUGAAAAUGUCGACACGGUGAAUUCAGGAUUGUACAUAGGUAUUUUCUACGCAUGCGCCUUUUUCGGUCCUGCCACCGGUUAUUUCUUCGGCGGGAAACUCUUGGACUUCUUUACUGACAUCUACAAAGGAAACGACGGGUCCGAGUUGACCCCAGAUGACCCCCGGUGGGUGGGUGCAUGGUGGAUCGGGUUUGUUGUGUGCGCAGCCGUGGCCUGGGCGGUUAGUAUACCACUGGCUGGGUAUCCUAAGGAACUACCAGGUGCUGCUGAAAUUAACGCCAAGAAGCGGUCUGAAGCCCACCAGAAGGGCGGAGAGGACAUCGCAUCGACUCCUGAGUUUGGGAAGACUUGGCGAGAUUUCCCUACAGCUCUUCUCCUCCUCCUGCGAAACCCCACCUUCAUGCUGAUCAACAUAGGCGGCGCUUUUGAGGCCUUCCUGUCCGCAACAUUCGCCGCCUUCGGACCCAAGUUCGUGCAGAUGCAGUUCGGUCAGCCGUCAGGGCGGGCCUCAACGCUUUUUGGUGCAGCGAUCGUCCCCGGGGCCGCAGUAGGGUCGGUGCUGGGCGGGCUGCUGAUGAAGAAGUUGAAGCUGAAGUGUCCGGGGAUGAUCAAGCUGGUGAUGAUAGGGGGCGCUCUUGGCUUCAUCCUGGACUUCGCACUGUUACUGAGCUGCCCUGGCAUGUCAUUCGCUGGUGUCACAGUACCUUACCAAAACAACUUGACCAAUGACAUACCGAUGACUAGUACGAACCUGUCUGACACCUGCAAUGCCGACUGUAACUGCAAGACGGCGUUCCUGGUCCCCACCUGUGGAGCAAACAACGUGCAGUAUUUCUCCCCGUGUUUUGCCGGGUGCACCGGAGAAAGUGCCGACGACAACGGUAUAAAGCGCUACACGAAUUGCAGCUGCGUGUCCACUAACACGACAGACGGUAGUCAGGACGCCCACGAGAAGCCGUGCCCCUCCCCCUCCUGUGGAAACAUGUCUGUCUUCCUCUUCCUGUUCUUCCUACUCAUGGUCGUGACGAUCAUGGAAAUACCUGCAGCUACCGGGGCUACUCUCAGGUGUGUUCCAGAAAGCCAGCGGUCCCUUGCUCUGGGUGUUCAAACCAUCAUCCUGCGAUUCCUCGGUAGCAUUCCCGGUCCGAUAGUCUUCGGUAAGAUCAUCGACAGCACCUGCCUGGUGUGGCAGGAAAAGUGCGGAGAGCGCGGCUCCUGUUGGAUCUACGACAAAGAAAGCAUGGCCUACAAAUUCCUCAUGGUCGCUCUUAUUUGGCAAGCGAUAUCACUUGUCGGAUUCGGCCUGGCGCUGUGGUCCUACAAGCCCCCACUCAACACCACCGUAACUCACGCCAAGCUGGCACGGCUAUAUGGAUCACAGGAACCUACUGUUACUGUGACGCCAUCUGGCGGAGGUGCUGAGCAAAGCAGCGAGACUGCUACUCCUAUAUGAAAAGUUGUUUAACAACUUAUGUUAGUUCCGUUGAAUGCCUUACAAAACUUUAUUUUGUCAAGCAAGUAACAUUGGUAAUCUCUAUUACUUAUGACUUAUAUACAUUUUCUGACCGGUGAGACUAUUGUGUAAUGUGAAAAGUUGACAUAUACAUAUAGCGGAUCAUACCAAGUAUGGCUGGGGGUGUUAGAAAUGUUAACGGUAUUGUUCUAAAUGAAUAUUACCCUUCAUUGUCUUUUUUUGCUGGAAUGUUUGUGACAUCUUUGAGUUUGGAAGUUUAUAUGGAUUUAUGAAAUGUAUGUUUGUCAAAAGCAAAAUCAACUCCUACGCUUGUUAUUUCAGGAUUUGUCCAUAAGUAAGCUGUAUGCUUUAAAAGAGAAACAACAUUAAUGAUGCGAUUUUAACAGUAACACAACUGUGAGAGUUCUCAGCAAUAAAAAUUCAGUGAACGUC